AGUGAAUGAAUGUAUGCUUGCAUUGACUGUGCAUUGAGUUUGCAUUGAGUGUUGCUUUCGUAUGCAUUAGUGUUUGUAAUAACAGUAACACUCAUAGAGUAUCAGUCAUUGUAAUCAUAAUUAAUGUGAUUUGGUUUGUGUUUAAUUAAACGGAUUUUGCAUUCAUUUGUAUAAACCGUGAAAUCAUUGAAAUCUCAUUUCAUUUGCUAAUUAUAUACUGAAAGUGGUGGCGAAAUACAAGUCAUUUGAUAUAUUUAUUGUGAUUAUUGUGUCAAUUAAUAGGAAAUAAUCGACAAAAUGGGAAACGAGGCGUCGCUUCCGAUGGAGAUGUGCUCUAACUUCGAUGCCGACGAGAUCAAGCGGUUGGGGAAGCGGUUCCGCAAACUAGACCUCGACAACAGUGGCUCCCUUUCCGUCGAUGAGUUCAUGUCUUUACCAGAGCUGCAACAGAACCCUCUGGUCCAGCGUGUGAUCGAC